AUGGAUCACUCUUUAUCCUUCUAUCUGAACGGGACGCCCAUUGUCCUGUCCAGUCCCAACCCCCACUGGACGCUACUCGACUUCAUCCGCUCGCAGGACAAUCUCAAAGGGACGAAGCUGGGCUGUGGCGAGGGAGGUUGCGGUGCAUGUACCGUGGUUUUGCAGACAAGGGAUGAGCGACGGAUUCACCAUUUGGCUGUGAAUGCUUGUUUGUAUCCACUUAUUGGAGUUGUCGGGAAACAUGUUAUUACAGUUGAAGGACUGGGUAAUGUGGAACAUCCUCAUCCUCUACAGGAGCGAUUGGGGAAAUUGCACGGUUCACAAUGUGGUUUCUGCACCCCCGGCAUCGUCAUGUCGCUGUAUGCCAUGAUUCGCAACGCAUACGAUCCCGUCACCGAGCAGUUUGUGCUGUCUGAGGACGAUAUCGAGAUGAAAGGUCAUCUAGACGGGAACCUGUGUCGCUGUACAGGAUAUAAGCCGAUUUUGGAAGCCGCGAAGACAUUUAUUCAAGAGGAUCUACAAGCCCAGAUAACCAUCUCCCCAUCUGAAUCCAACUCGGAGCCUCCGUUAGAAAUUCCACUACCAUCACAGAAAAAGUCCUGUGGUCGCCCAGGAGGCUGCUGUCGUGACAGCUCUACAUCCUCAUCCAUGAGCCACGGUGCUUCAGAGACGGAAAUUUCCAGCAUGUCUAGUUCCUGCAAGAGUGCACCGCAAUUCGACUUCCUACCGUACUCUCCGCGUAGUGAACUAAUCUAUCCGCCUGCGCUGACGCGAUUCACUCCUAUGAUGGUAUCAUACGGCAGUGAGGACAAGACCUGGAUACGUCCCGUCACCGUGACACAAACACUCGAGAUCCUCUCACAGCGUCCGCAUGCACGACUGAUUUGCGGUGCCAGUGAAGUGCACGUCGACAUUCGCCUCAAGGGAACAGAGGAGCCUUUCUGCGUCUUCAUCGGCGAUAUCAAGGAACUUUCCCAGAUCUCACUAUCAGACAACACGCUGAUCAUCGGCGGCGUGGCCUCUCUCAGCGCCAUCGAGUCCGAAUGUCACCGACUGCAAUCCUCUCUCGGAUCCAGCAGCGCAUCCAUGCUACAAGCAAUGGCCAAAAUCCUACGCUACUUCGGCGGUCGUCAGAUUAGAAAUAUGGCUUCUCUCGCGGGGAAUAUUGCCACCGCGUCGCCUAUAUCAGAUAUGAAUCCGCUUCUACAGGCUGUGAACGCAACUGUGAUCGCACGCACUAUCGACACAGAGACUUCGAUCCCCAUGCGCGACAUGUUCCGCGGAUAUCGAAAGACGGCGCUACCUCCCGGCAGUCUGAUCACUCAGAUCCGGAUCCCGCUGACCCCUGGGUUGCGCGAGUUGACACGAUCGUAUAAACAAGCGAAGCGAAAAGACGACGACAUCACUAUUGUGACGGCUGCGUUCCGCGUCCGUCUUAGCAAAGAUGAUCGCGUGGAGGAUAUCGCCCUGGCGUACGGAGGAAUGGCGCCUACUACAAUCCUGGCAUAUAAUACGCAAGAGGCCCUCCUGGGUGAACGAUGGGGAGACCCGCAAGUGCUCGACGCUACGUUGGAGACCCUCCGCAGCGAGUUCCCUUUAACAUACGACGUACCUGGAGGAAUGGCGACGUAUCGACGAACACUGGCACAGAGUCUCUUCCUCCGGUUCUGGCACGAAGCCCUCUCUCACUUCGAUCCUACCAUACCAUUGGAUGACGUGCAGGAGCUCCAUCGCCAUGUAUCCAGUGGAACCCGCGACUUACGCAACCCUCACGAGCAACGCGUCGUUGGAAAACCACUCCCUCAUUUAUCAGGCCUGAAACACGCCACAGGACAAGCGGGAUACGUAGACGACAUUCCCCCACAGCACCGCGAGCUCUUCGGCGCCAUGGUUCUCUCAGACCGUGCACAUGCACGCAUCCUCUCCGUGGACUGGACCCCCGCGCUAGCAAACGGUCUCGCAGUCGGCUACAUCGAUAGACACAGCAUCCCAGCAGACAAAAACAGAUGGGGAUCUGUAAUACGGGAUGAGCCAUUCUUCGCAGAAGACGAGGUCUUCUCGCAUGGCCAACCUAUCGGGAUGGUAUAUGCCGAGACAGCGCAGAAGGCGCAGAAAGCUUCACAGGCUGUCCGCGUCGAGUAUGAGGAUUUACCGACUGUGUUGACGAUCGAUGAAGCGAUUGCGGCGGGGAGUUUCUUUCAAUAUGGGAAGGAGUUGCACAAGGGAGAGAGGGAUAUAGAAGCUGUAUUGGAGGGCUGUGAUCAUGUGUUUGAAGGCACGACUCGGAUAGGAGGUCAGGAGCAUUUCUAUCUCGAGACGAAUGCUGCUGUCGUGGUGCCGAAUGCGGAGGAUGGGUCGAUGGAUGUUUGGUCUUCUACCCAGAAUACAAUGGAAACGCAAGAAUUCAUCAGCCACGUCACCGGAACCCCAUCCCAUCAAAUCAACGCCCGGGUGAAGCGAAUGGGCGGUGCCUUCGGAGGCAAAGAAUCACGCAGCGUCCAGAUAGCUUGUCUACUAGCAAUAGCAGCGAAGAAAGAGCGUCGACCGAUGCGAGCGAUGCUCAACCGAGACGAAGACAUGAUGACGAGCGGUCAGCGCCAUCCGAUCCAAUGUCGCUGGAAAAUUGGGGUGACUCAUUCCGGGAAACUCAUAGCAUUGUCUGCAGACUGCUAUAACAACGCUGGAUACUCCGUGGAUAUGAGCUGCGCGGUGAUGGAUCGAUGCUGCACUCAUCUUGACAACUGCUAUCACAUUCCAAAUGUACAUAUCCGUGGGUGGGUGUGCAAGACUAACACGCAUAGCAACACUGCGUUUCGCGGGUUUGGCGCUCCGCAGGCGAUGUUCAUCGCGGAGAGUUAUAUGAGUGCUGCCGCAGAGGGACUGGGUAUUGAGGUGGAUGAGCUGCGUCGACGAAAUCUGUACGAGGAGGGUCAGCGGACUCCGUUCCUGCAGAUGAUUGACGCCGACUGGCAUGUUCCAUUGCUGCUGGAGCAGGUGAGACAGGAAGCGAGGUAUGACGAGCGUCGAGAGGCGAUUACGCAGUUCAACUCGCAACACCGAUGGCGCAAAAGAGGUAUCAGUUUAAUCCCGACUAAGUUUGGGAUUUCGUUCGCAACGGCGCUACAUCUAAACCAGGCGACUGCCACGGUGCGCGUCUACACGGAUGGGUCGGUGCUACUGCAUCAUGGUGGCACGGAGAUGGGACAGGGGCUAUAUACAAAGAUGGCGCAAGUGGCAGCGCAGGCAUUGAAUGUCCCCAUGGAGAGCAUCUACACACCAGAUACCUCUUCAUUCCAGUCCGCCAAUGCGUCCCCGACAGCUGCGUCGUCUGGCAGCGAUCUAAACGGUAUGGCGGUGCAGAACGCAUGCGACCAGCUCAACGAGCGACUGCGUCCGUACCGUGAGAAACUUGGUGAUGCGAGUAUGGAUAAACUUGCGCAUGCGGCGUACCGUGAUCGAGUGAGCCUGUCCGCGACGGGGUUCUGGAAGAUGCCGACGAUUGGAUAUCAGUGGGGGAAUUACGAUCCGGAGACGGUCAAACCGAUGUAUUUCUACUUCACUCAGGGCUGCGCCUGCACGGAGGUCGAACUCGACUUAUUGACCGGCGACCACACAGUCCUCCGAACGGAUAUCAAAAUGGACGUCGGACGGUCGAUCAACCCGGCCAUUGACUACGGACAGAUCGAAGGCGCUUUUGUACAGGGUCAGGGACUGUUCACAAUGGAAGAAAGUCUCUGGACGCGCGAGGGUCGGCUUGCCACAAGAGGACCUGGGAAUUACAAGAUCCCCGCGUUCAGUGACAUCCCACAAGAGUUCAACGUCAGUUUCCUGGAAGGAGUGAGCUGGGCGAAUCUUCGCUCUAUCCAGAGUAGUAAGGGGAUUGGGGAGCCCCCAUUGUUUCUGGGGUCGACGGUAUUGUUUGCGCUGCGGGAUGCCCUACGAAGUGCUAGACAGGAGCGUGCGGUGAUGCAGCCAUUGGUGUUGGAUAGUCCGGCGACGGCGGAGAGGUUGCGAUUAGCAGUAGGAGAUGAACUGAUAGAGAAGUCCAGAGUGGAGAGGAGAGAAGGAGAAAAGGAAUUCUUCGUGACGGUUGCGUAG